AUGCCCAACGAAAAGGAUUUCGCUUCCCUGUUCCAGACUGUUGAUGAACAUCCUGAACCAAUCAAUGCAGAGGUAAAGGGUAACCUCCCCUCCUGGCUGAGGGGAACCUUACUCAGAAAUGGUCCAGGUAAAUUCGAGUGCGGCGACACUUCGUUUAAGCACCUGUUUGAUGCCCAAGCACUUCUCCACCGUUUCCACAUAGAAGAUGGUCAUGUGACCUACAGUAACAGGUUCAUAAGAAGUGAAAGCUACGCCGAUUCUCUAAAACGCGGGGACUCCAUUCACAUGCAGUUCGGCACUUUUAUACCCCCAGACCCGUGCCAGAACAUCUUCUCCCGUUUGUUCUCGUGGUUUUGGAAAGAGGAAAUCGGCAGGGAUAACACUCUUGUCAAUGUGUUUCCUAUCAAAGGCAAGACUUACGCAGCGACCGAGACAAACUUCAUCUAUGAGAUCGACCCCAAAACCUUGGAAACUUUGAAGAGGGUCGACCUCCUAAAGGAGUUUCCAGGUAAUGACAUAAACCAAAAGCUAUGUUCUAUGAGUUUGGCUCCUUUGUCUCAUACUCUUUCAAGAUUAGGUCGACCUGACUAACUUUAUUGUACAAUGACAAUGGUGAUGGCGAAGGCGUUGGCAAUGAUUAAGGUUGGCCUGUCCUUUUACUGAUUCAUUACAUGCUGGUCUUAAAUUUAAAGUAGACUACGAUUCAAUCAAUCGUUAUCAAUUAAUUAUUCUAAGUGUUCAAUUGGCUUUUCUUCUAUCCAUCAGCUGACGUAAAGAUCAAUUCUGCGACAGCCCAUCCUCACGUAACCUCAGACAAAUCAGUGAUCAACAUCUCUGCCACGUAUGGUCGAACUUCCACCUACAACAUUAUUCAAAUACCACCAUCCUCUGAAAAACCAGACGAGCGUCCUUUGGAAGGAGGUAAGGUCCUUUGUUCCAUCCCAGCCACAAAUGGGCUCGGCUACAUGCACAGUUUCUGUAUCACAGAAAAUUAUUUCGUAAUUACCGAACAGCCACUCGUUCUGGAUUUAUGGCGGGCUAUAACCCACAGGUUUUCUGGAUCUUGUCCUGCGGACUUUCUAUGCUGGGAUCCAGACAGACUCACCAAGUUUCACGUGGUCGACAGAGAAAGUGGAACGCGUGUUGGUGUCUUCACAGCGGAUCCAUUUUUGGUCUUUCACCACAUCAACGCGUUCGAAAAAGAUGGCAAAAUUUUUUUGGACGGUUGUUGCUUUCACGACGACUCUAUUAUUCGUCAAGUGUAUCUUAUUAACCUGCGUUCCACCAAUCAAGAAAAACAAAAGAAGUAUGACGUCGCUGAGGUUCGCCGGUACGAGCUACCACUGAAAGAGCUUGGAAACGUGGAGGUAGAAAAACCUCUCCCCAAAGGAGCUGACGGACUGGACUACACUUUGCUGUAUACUGGAUUGGAACUACCGCAAUUUAAUUACGCAGAGAAAAACGGCAAGCCAUACAAGAUUGUCUAUGGUUUGUUACCAAAUCCAGAUGAUCCAUUCGGUCAACUGGGGAAACUGAAUGUUGAGACGAAGGAAAUCCUUAAGUGGGAGGAGCCUGGGAGUCAACCUUCGGAGCCUGUGUUUGUUAAAGCUCCUGAUGGGAAGGACGAAGAUGACGGUGUGGUGCUGUCAUGCGUCAUAAACGUCUCUGACCAGACCACCUCUCUGCUGGUGUUGGACGCGAAAGAUUUUAAAGAGCUUGGUCGUGCUGUGGCCAAAGUGGUGUCUCCAAUGUCAUUUCAUGGAAUUUUUCAGCAAGAACAAGGACUAUAACUACCGGACUGAAUUUUUUUCCCUCCAAGAUGAUUCUCUCUUGUACUAGAUGAAAAAAAAAACUUUGCAUAUAGAAUUUUGAGAAAUGACAGAGGUUAAAUAUGCAAAAUCUGGCUGUGAUAUGAUCUGAAGCGUAAUACUGCAGAUAUAUUUCGUGAUUUUUUAUGGGGUGAGUUUAUUAAACUAAUCCCAGCUCCAACCAUGAGUCCUGGAAGGUUCUCUCGAUGGAAAUUUAGAUCGAAAAUCAGGUAUUGAAAGCCACACGUGCGAUUUCUUUAAUCAAAUCAAUCUCUAAGGGUUAUUGUUAAUUGUCGUCAAAUAACGUGCAAAAAAACUAUACAAGAACA